GUGGUUACUAUGCGAUUACGCCCAGCUCGAAAUACUUCGUUACCCAUCUUGAUUAUGGCUCGCCGUCGUAAUUAAUAUCGACGGCCGCCUUUCUUAUUAACUCAACCUGCUGCCCAAAUCCCUGAGUGCGCCUCCCGACAUGCUCGGCCGGCUCUUGCACUUGGGCACUGGCGGCCCUUCAGCCACGCCUACACAAGCCAGUACAAAGACAUCGAGACCAGUAUCCUCACUUGAAUCUGCUCAGGAGGAUAUGGUAACUCGAAAUCUGCUUUUUCCAGACGCUGAUGCUUUGUAUCAGCAUCGCAAUGAUCAAGUGUUUCCCCUAUCAACCACACCAACAACCCCUGCCACUUCUACCGCCAAUGCUUUUGACUACAGCGGCGAUGUCGACUUGGACGUACGCGAUGUUAGGGUUAUCAUAAUGCAGGAUGCCCUAGGACCUUCUAAUGCAUCUCUUUUGUUUGACAGCCACCCUGCUCCUCCAGUAUCGCCCACAGAGCGUCCGCCCAUUCCUCCAGAGUUUCGAAGAACACCAACUUCACCGCGCAAAAGCAGUCUUGGAGGCAUAUCACGACCUUUGGUUAUUCAACCGGAAGGACCUCAGCCUUCGCCUCGACAGGGUGCUUUUGAUCGACGAGCCUCCCUUCAGGGGCGCAGGGAUAGUCAUGUCGAGUCAGAUGGACAGAAGGCUGCUCGCGAGUACCGCGAGGAACUCGCAACGUUCUCAAGCUGCAUCUUUGGAAACUCUGAAUUAAUGUCCUACAAAGGAACAUCGACAAAGGUCCAUGUUGUCCCUGGCGACUCACGUCCUGCUGAACCUUCAAGCAGCAUUAUUGGGGAUGGACGGAGCUCUAUCGGACGCUCCAGCGCGCGCUCAAGUCGGCUUUCACAAUCCUUCUCCUCACAAGCUUUCUCCCCCACAAAUAUGUCCGCAGUCCAAAACCACACCUCUACCUCGCGUCCCGGCGAGAAGAAGAAGGUUCUAAUAACUCGCUUAUUUCCUGUCAACCUUACUGUUGAUGACCCAGAAACCAACGUAUCGCCUUCUAAAGAUUAUGCAGACGAGAGUGCAGGUUUCCCCUUUCCAACAACAAGCGACGAGUCUGUGCCCAAGAAGAAGAAGCCUCAACCGAAGCAACGACGAACGCCGAUGUAUGCCGUGGUCUUAGUAGUCCAACUACCUGCUGCAAACACCACCUCAACUCGAAUUUCAUCUAUGAACCAGUCCAAAUCUGCACAGCGCGAAUCAAGCUCUUAUAACGAUCAAGAGUUUUUCCCAUCAUCUUUCAGCUCAGCCCGUCCUUCAGGAUGGACAAUGGUUGGAUCCGGAAAUGGUGAUGGGUCAGACACUUAUACACCCGACAUGGAGGAUAGAAUUGAUUCACUGACUCGACAUUGGGAUAUCAUCAUGAGGACAUUGACUCAUCUUCAAUCUGUGGUGGCCACCACACUGGCCACGUUGCUCAAAGCACAUUCUUUCUCAGACCAGCGCCGGGGUGACAUGCCUCGAAUUAAGCCUUCGAAGAGCACCACCAAGCUGGUUUACCUUUGGCCGAACUGUCUCGCUGAGGAUAAAUCUGUCGAAGGGGAAGUCGAUGCCGCUAGACACAGAAUUGUUAUGGGAUUGAGCGCAGCAAGAGUCGUAACCGGCCAGGGGCGCUGGGGGAUUUGGCGUGACGAGGCUCGAUGGACCUCCAAGUGGGUUGCUGGCACUGACAAUCAGAACCAGUUCCUCUACAAUCUCCUGACUGGGUUUCUGUCAACCCACACAGACUGGCUGCAGGCUCUUUGCCCUCCCUCUUAUCGAAGACGGCUCUAUCUUCAGCAGAAGAACCGAAAUGAGGAGGAUCUGUCGCUGCCGGCACGAACCAUUAUCGUAUCCGAUGACAAAAUGGUUGCUAGGCGCCUCAUUUUUCUUCUCUCAGCCUUUCUUCCUGCUAAUUCUCAGUUUCCUACAACCCGUGCUCAUCGGCCCAGCACUUCGACUUCCGUUGGAACAUAUUCCAAUUCGCCCCCGACCUUCGUAAUUCCUGUUCUACGGGAAGAGUCCCUUCGUCGAAAGAUCAACAGGCGCACAGGUCUCCGCCGAGCCUCGCAUUCUAGAACAACGAGCCAAAGCGCCAGAGCCUCAGCUGUCCCCAUGCAACUUGCCCAUCUGACAAUGGAUCGCAAUCAUGAAAGGCGAGUUUCAGAUGCAGCCUCAAUUCGACCCCCGAAUUUUGCAAUGUUUGGCAACGAUAUUGUUAGCAGGAAGAGCAGCGCUGCGACAACUACAACAAUUAUGCCCGAGACCACUAUACCGCAUUUCUCGACAGCUCAGCGAGUCGAAUCCCAGAGAAGGCCUCGCCCCAGUAGUAGCGGUAGUGUCGCUACUGACGACUUGAAGCGCUCCUUGAAGCGAGGUGAAAGUACAGGCGCGAUGAGCAAUGCCAGCAGCGACUCUAGAAGUCAAAGUUCGCGCUGGGGGAGCGUCAUCAGCGGCCUGUGGAGCACUCGACGCCGCGACUCAACCUCUUACAGCACCUAUAGUGGGUAUGAUCCGAAAUCGCCCACCAAGGCCUCGUUCCAUAGAACGGAUAAGCUGUCUCAGAUGGUGGAAGAAGCAUCUCUUGCAGAAAACCCAAAUAUUCCUUCAUCAUCGGCUCGCCGCCCUUCUACUGAUGCUUUGAAAGGGACUGGUACACCAAGAGAAUGCAAAGGUCACAGCCGAGAGCCAUCUAUUCGCCCUGACAGGACACCUGACCCAAAUGGCGCAUUUGAAUCGCCCGUUAAAACAUCUAUCAAUGCCGACGACGGCGUCAUUGACGUAGAUAUCUCCUUUCCUGACUACAUGACGUCCUUUGAGUCUGCCAUCAGCUCGCCUUCAAGCAGUGGCUACUUGUCUACCCCUGGACUGCAAAAUGGACUCGAGUCAUUCGAACAGGCCUCACGCUUGUGCAUCGAUGGCGAUCUCCCGCUUAACGCUGCUGGCUGGCUGAACCGUUAUCAUCCUGACUUUGCUCUUCAAGCCAUCCCUCCUCAGGAGGAUCUCAUGCAGCAAAUCAAGGCAUCUCUCCAGGCUGAGCCGACGCCUCCGCCGGUCCACCCCAUCUUGGGUGACCUCAAUGAACGCUGGGUUGAUAUUAGCAGCGUUAUGAUUGCUGAUACUACCACCAACUCGAUCACUCGUCUGCGGUACCGUCGACUUGUCAAACCACGAUCGCCAGCUGAUCAUCGACCUCUCACUGGCCCACCUGGUCUUUCGACCUCUUAUGGGGGGCUUCUUACUCCCUCAAUUCUCCCUUACGAGACUCAACUUGAGGAGGAAUGGAUCGAGGAGCCUGUCUUGCAUCCUGAUGAAACCCUGACUGAUGCAGUCGAAAGAGUCAUCAGCCUGAGUCAGGAUACCAGCAAAGAUCAUUCUUUGGCUUCCUCUCAAACACAUAGCGAUACCCGCAUGAGUACCGAGGUUGAGGAGCCUCUAUCUAUCACGGCUCCCAUCACGCCAGCACUGCCUCAGGCACCCUUGGAGAUCCCCCGUGUCCAGUGCAAGACCGUUGUUCUCUCUGCUCUUGAAGACAGUAUCCGCGAAGUCAUUGACAUUCGCGAGAAGCGGCACCUAGAGACCAACCACGCUAGAAAUGGCCGAUCACGAAGCCCACUUCACGAUGCCAUUGGCUUGUGGCUUGACAAUCUCGAUAUUACCGAUGGAUGAGUUCGACAUGAACCACCCUCAUCUAACGACUUUUAUGACUUUGUUUUCUGCGUUUGUCCCGCAUACAGUUUUGUCUGACGGAUCUACAAUUGCCAUCGGACUUUUCCUACCAAGACCUCCAAAUGAUACCCCAUGUGUCGCUUCGUGCGCACACACAAGCCUUGGAAACGGCCAUACCAGGAGAAGCAUGUGGAAACACUGUUCCGAAUUCCCUUUGCUUUUUACGCGUCUCAUUUUGGAUUAGACCUUAUGCAUUGUGGCAUGUUUGGGUCCUUUAUCUUUUUUACCAAUGUUUAAUUUGCUCUUCUGAUUUGCUUCCUGGCCAAGUUGACCAUACUAGAGGUUGGCGUUUCGUGUUACGGAAGGGAUAGCGAUAGCCUUGGAGUUUUGGCGAAUAUUCAUAGCAAUAUCUACUGCGAUAAUAGACUAUCAACAUAUUUCUUCAAAUC